AUGGAUAAAAAAUAUACCGAAGCCCAACUCGCUGGUUUAAAAAUCCCUGUCUUCAGCCUCCCAUGGCCUGGAAAUAUUUCACCAGACGUUUCCCUGGUAGUGGAAAGGAUGAUUGAGUGGGCCGAGAACCACAGCUUAUUUGUCAAUGAAACGUACCGCGAGCGGGUUAAGCGAACUCGCUAUGCUUGGCUUGCCGCGCGCUGCUAUCCGAAUACUGACCGCGAAUUGUUACAGGUUCUUGCAAAUUAUUUUGUCUGGUAUUUUCUAGUCGACGACUUGUUUAACUCCUGGCUCAACAUCUGUCAAGUGCUUCGGCGUCUAUUGUCGCACGAACAUUUUGAGCGAUUCGCCCAGGGAAUGCGGCUCUGGGCAACCGCAGCUGGGCUCCAGAUACUCAAUCACUUGCAGGAAAAGCCAGCAGGAGUCGCUCAGUAUGAAACAAUUCGGCGCCAUACAAGCAGCAUGAACCCUUGCUUGGCACUGUCAGAUAUUGUGAAUUAUGUUCAAAAGCUUUGCCAGCAUACGAACAACAUUGUCUGCUGGACUAAUGAUAUUCAAAGUCUCCUUGUGGAAGCGCAUCAGCCUAGACAGUUUUGGAACAUGGUUAGCACGUAUGCGAGCUCUGGCAGAACAUUUCAGGAGAGCAUUGAUUGUACAGCUGCAAGAGUAGAGAUGGAGAUUAACAAGUUUAAGAAACUGUCUGAUGCUAUAACACAAUCUGCUUGUAAGGAGCUAUGUGGCCUUAUUGAUGGAUGGGAAUACUGGAUAUGUGGAUAUAUGGAUUGGGUCGCACAUGAUACUCAGCGCUAUGCACAAAGAUUUGCUUCCACUGAUGCUGAUGAUCGCAAUGUGCUGGGAUAA